GAGGAACUGGGAAAGGAAUGAGGUGGUAGUGGGUAACUGGGAGGGAACUGGGAGAGGACUGGGGGGCAGUGGGGCAACUGGGAGGGCACUGGUGGAACUAGGAGGGGCGCCGGUGGGCGUGGCCUCCCCGUAGCCCCGCCCCCUCGUCUGCCGCAUCGCCCCGAGCCGCUCCCGGGACCCGAGCGGUGCCGGAAAGAGCCGAACGGUGCCGGAAAGAGCCGAACGGUGCCGGAAAGAGCCGAACGGUGCCGGAAAGAGCCGAACGGUUCCGAACGGUUCCGAACGACCCGAACGGAGCCGAAAGGACCCGAAGGGACCCGAAGGGACCCCCCCCAAAGCCUCCAACCAUGGCCACCCCGACCGAGGCAGCGCUGGGAGAAGCCGCUCGGGCCAAAGAUCCCUUCAACUACGACUAUGAGACGCUGCGCCUGGCGGGGCUCAUCUUGGCCAUCGUCAUGUUUGUGCUCGGGGUGCUCAUCGCCCUCAGUAAGAAGUUCAAGUGCAAAAAGGCAGAGCCCAGCUCCUCGGACCCCCGGCAGCAGGGCAAGACCCCGACCCCUGCAGCCACAGCGUAGCCCCCCCCCCCCCAAGGCCCCCCCCUCAACUGGAUGCCUGGACCCCCCCAAACUGGUGCAUGCAGCCCCCCC